CCUGUAGACUACUACACUCCUUGGGUUUCAUUAUUAAUGAGGAAAAAAGUUCUCUGAAACCGCAAACCAAAUUCAAAUUUUUAGGUUUCAUUUUCGAUACUUUGGACCUUUCCAUCGAACUUCCGAUUGAAAAACGCAUGAGAAUCCUUGAGAAAAUAUCGAACCUUCAGAAACGUAAGGUAAUUAAAAUCAGAGAGUUUGCGCAAUUUAUCGGAACUCUCACAUCAGCCUGUCCGGCGUACUGCAUGGGUGAGAGCACCCAUGGCUGGUGGUCAGGAAUAGAUAAAUUGAAGCACAUUAACUAUCUAGAGUUGAAGGCGAUAUUCCUUGGACUGAGAUUCUUCGGGAAACAUUCUUUCGAUGAAAAGAUUCUCAUCAGAACGGACAAUACAACUGCACUUUCUUACAUAAAUAAAAUGGGCAGCGUGCAGCAUCCAGAAUUGAACGAGCUAUCUCGUCUCAUCUGGAAGUGGCGCGAAACGAAAAAUGUAGUGUUAUUCGCAUCAUACAUAAAAUCGGAGGACAAUUGGCAGGCAGAUAGGGCUUCACGCAUUCUACCUCCCGAGACGGAAUGGUCAUUAAAUAAUGACGCUUUUAAGACAAUUGAAAGAAAUUUUGGGACUCCCGAAAUUGACUUAUUUGCCUCUGCUAAUAACUAUAAAUGCAAAAAAUAUAUAUCGUGGUAUAGGGAUUCCGGGGCAUACGCUGUAGAUGCAUUCACUUUGGAUUGGUCGGCUUUAUACUUCUAUGGGUUUCCUCCGUUCGCCAUGAUUAGCAGAGUGUUACAGAAAAUUUCAAAAGAAAAAGCUGAGGGUAUAAUUGUAGUACCUCUUUGGAAAUCCCAAGCUUGGUACCCGCUUUUUCUCAAGUUGAUCACACAAUCACCAAUAAUUUUUGAACCAAAGAGUAAUUUAUUGAUCUCUCCCUACAGCAAUGCAGCUCAUCCUCUGGCAGAUCAACUUACCCUGGUGGCCGCGAGAUUAUCCGGAAAGCCUUUAUAA